AUGAGGAAAAAGGUGGACGCGAGGAUUCGAACCCUCGUCGAGAAUGGCGUCAAGUCGCGUCAGCGGUCCAUGUUCGUGAUCGUGGGGGACAAGGGCCGGGAUCAGGUGGUGAAUCUCCACUACAUGCUCUCCAAGGCCGUGGUCAAGGCGAGGCCCAACGUGCUCUGGUGUUACAAGAAAGACCUCUUUCUCAGCAGCAACCGGAAAAAGCGCAUGAGGCAGAUGAAGAAGAUGAUGCAGAGGGGGCUGCUGGACCCUGAGAAGGAGGACCCAUUCGCUCUCUUCAUGGCAUCAACGGCCAUCCGCUACUGCUACUACUCCGAGACGCACAAGAUUCUCGGAAACACCUUCGGCAUGUGCGUGCUGCAGGACUUUGAGGCCCUGACGCCCAACCUGCUAGCGCGCACGAUAGAGACGGUGGAGGGUGGGGGAAUCAUUGUGCUGCUGCUCUCCUCCCUCACCUCCCUCUCGCGCCUCUUCACCCUCGCCAUGGACGUGCACGCGCGCUAUCGCACCGAGUCUCACGGGGACGUGGUGGGACGGUUCAACGAGCGCUUCAUCCUCUCCCUCGCCUCCUGCCCCACGUGCUGUGUGAUGGACGAUGAGCUCAACAUCCUGCCUCUGUCCUCCCAUAUGAGGCAUUUGCAACCGUCGCCCCUUACAGAAGGCGAGGCAGUGGAAUCGGAAUCCGACAGGGAAUUACGAGAACUGAAGGAGUCGCUAGCUGACACACAGCCGGUGGGGGCGCUGGUGGCCACGUGUCGCACGCUGGACCAGGCCAAGGCGGUGGUGACUUUCCUCGAUGCCGUGUCUGAGAAGACUCUGAGGUCCACUGUAGCCAUCACCGCUGCCAGAGGCAGGGGGAAAUCGGCUGCGCUGGGAGUGGCUGUGGCUGGGGCCGUGGCACUGGGCUACUCCAACAUAUUCGUGACGGCACCAAGCCCGGAGAAUCUGAAGACGCUCUUUGAGUUUGUGUUUAAGGGCUUUGAUGCCAUCGGGUACAAGGAGCACAUAGACUACGAGCUCGUGGAGAGCACUAACCCGGCCUUCAACCGCGCCAUCGUGCGAGUGAACGUGUUUCACCAGCACAGGCAGACCAUACAGUACGUGAUGCCUCAGCACGCGGAGCGAGUGCAGCAGGCAGAGCUGCUCGUGAUAGACGAGGCAGCAGCCAUCCCGCUGCCCAUGGUUAAGGCGCUGCUGGGACCAUACCUGGUGUUCAUGGGCUCUACUGUUAACGGGUAUGUGCUCUUAACAGCGCGUUUCUCUCUUCUCUGUGAAGGGUGUGCGCAGCAAGCAGCAGCCAUCCCCCUGCCCAUGGUCAAGGCGCUGCUGGGCCCCUACCUCGUGUUUAUGGACGAGGCAGCAGCCAUCCCGCUGCCCAUGGUGAAGGCGCUGCUGGGACCGUACUUGGUGUUCAUGGGCUCUACUGCUAAUGGGUAUGUGCCUUACAUUGGGGUAUACGAGGCAGCAGCCAUCCUGCUGCCCAUGGUCAAGGCGCUGCUGGGACCGUACCUUGUCUUCAUGGGCUCCACUGUUAACGGGUAUGUGCCAUGUGCUGGUAAUGGGAAGGUGGAGUGGAGUUUAGUAGCCGAUCCGGUAUGCGAAGGGGGACCUGCAGCCUCAAUCAACCCUUCUCCUCUCACCUUCUCUCCUCUCCACCUACAGCUACGAGGGCACGGGGCGGAGCCAAUCCGGUAUGCGGAGGGGGAUCCUGUGGAGAAAUGGCUCAACCACCUGCUGUGCCUCGACGCUACUUCACAUGUGCCCAAGCUGCAGGCUCGCAUGCCGCACCCAGACGAGUGUGAGCUGUUUUACGUCAACCGAGACACGCUCUUCUCCUUCCACUCCGCCUCAGAGCUCUUCCUCCAGAGAAUGAUGGCACUAUACGUGUCCUCUCACUAUAAGAACACCCCGAACGACCUCCAGCUCAUGUCCGAUGCACCGGCACACCACCUCUUUGUGCUCCUCGGUCCAGUGGACGAGUCACAGACUUCGCUCCCUGACGUGCUGUGUGUGCUGCAGGUGUGUUUGGAAGGAGAGAUUUCAAAAGCGUCAGCACUGAAAGGCCUCUCGCAGGGACAUCAGCCCACAGGCGACCUGCUCCCCUGGACGCUCUCCCAGCAGUUCCAAGACUCCGAGUUUCCUUCACUCUCUGGUGCUCGGGUGGUCCGGAUCGCCGUUCAUCCUGAUCUCAUGCACGCGGGAUACGGAUCCAGAGCCGUUGAUCUGCUCUCCAGAUACUACGAGGGUCAGUUGACAAGCAUGGGGGAGGACAGCGAGGAGGAGGAGAGUGAGGACGAAGAGGAGGGGGGUCACGGGCGCUCCAAGGCUGCUCAAGAGGCUCGGGAGAAUGGAUCGGUAUGGUGCAGUGCACUUAAAGUGGCAUCACUGCUAGAGGAGCAGCUAGCGCCGCGGUCGGGCCUGCCGCCGCUGCUACAGCCUGUGGGGGAGAGGCGGCAGGAGCAGCUUCACUAUGUGGGAGUGUCGUUUGGGCUGGGGCAACAGCUGUUUAAUUUCUGGCGGAGGCAACAGUUUGUUCCCCUUUAUGUUCGGCAGACACCGAGCGAUAUCACAGGUGAGCACACGUGCAUCAUGCUCAAGCCCCUGCGGAACGAGGACUUAGUCGCAGCAGACACCAAGCACUCGUGGCUCGACUCCUUCUCACAAGACUUCCACCGUCGAUUCCUCUCGCUCCUCGGUUUCUCCUUCCGGCCCUUGCCGCCUGCCCUCUGCCUCAGCAUUCUGGACCCACAGAUUGAGUUCCCAGAGACAGAGGCACGGGAGGCUACCGUGCCGGCAGGGCUGAUGGAAGGGAAAGCGGCACUGCUGUCUUCAUAUGAUAUGAAGCGACUCGAGUCAUACGCCAGCAACCUGGUUGACUACCACCUGAUCAUGGACCUCAUUCCCCCUCUCGCCCGACUCUACUUCCUCGGUCUCAUUCCUGCUUCUCUCUCCUACGCCCAAGCUGCCAUUCUGCUCUCCUUUGGUCUGCAGCACCACGAGCUCUCCACCAUCGAGGCGAACCUUCGGCUGCCCGGGACGCAAGUUCUUGCUCUCUUCAACAAGGCCAUUCGGAAGAUCCACGGUGUUCUCUACGCCGCUGCUGCUCGCACCAUAGAGGCUGCCCUUCCCAGGAUCAAAGAGGUGGACCUGCGGCCCCACCCCCAGUCAGUUGAUGAAGAUCUGGCAGAGGCAGCAGAUCAAGCCAAGAAGGUGAUUAAAUCCCGGCUGGAGGGGGCAGCAGAGCCUGGCACCACCACCCUGCUGACGUCACUGACACCUGGGCAGAUGCAGGAGUUUGCGAUCGACGGCCGAGAUGCAGACUUUGAGGCUGCGAUUGCUGCAGGAGGGGGGAAACUUCCGGGAAGCGGUGUGUUGAGUGUGAAGACAAAGGGAGGAGGGAAGAAGAGGGGUGGUGGUGAAGAUGGGAAUUUGGAUGGUGGCGAAGGGGGGAACAAGAGGAUGAAGGCAACUGGUCCGUCUGUGUGCUCCUUGCACCAGGCAGCAGUGCAGGAUCGCCGGUCCAGGCAUGGAAGGAGGUCCCAGCAAUGGCGGAUCACUCGUCGCAGUGACGAUGCUUUUCGGCCAAGCUGCGCCACUCCCGGUACUGCAGCCGUUGCCACGUCAGCACUCCCAGUCCCACUGCAAGCCAAGCGCCUCUGGCUGGCUCCUUGCGCUGACGCCCUCAGCGCCCCGCGCGCCGCUUCCGCGCGCCCAUCCUUCUCAGCGGAAUCACUGGCGGGUCGCACGCGUGUGCGCGCGGAAGCGCAAGCAGGCGCGGGAGCGGCGGAAGUCCCCCCACCGGAGACUAAGCUAUACGACUACGUGGUUAUCGGGAGCGGCAUUGCCGGCCUCCGGUUCGCGCUAGGCGUCGCGGCGAAGGGCACUGUAGCGGUGGUGACCAAAGCCGAGCCGCAGGAGGGCAGCACGAACUACGCGCAGGGCGGCGUGAGCGCGGUCCUGGAUCCGCUAGAUUCGAUCGAGAAUCAUAUCUCGGAUACGAUCGUGGCGGGCGCGUAUUUAAACGACGUGGAGGUCGUGGAGGUGGUUUGUCGCGAGGGGCCGGAGCGCGUGCGCGAGCUGAUGCGCAUGGGCGCAAGUUUCGACCGCGGGGACGACGGGCGGCUGCUGCUUGCGCGCGAGGGGGGCCACUCGCACUCGCGGAUCGUGCACGCGGCGGACGUGACCGGGCGGGAGAUCCAGCGCGCGCUGUUGACGGCGGCGCAGAAGACGAAGCGGAUCGAUAUGUUUGAACACCACAUGGCGAUCGACCUGCUGACGCGACAGGAGGACGGCGGGCAGAGCACGUGUUAUGGAGUAGAGGCGCUUGAUACAGAGACGGGGCAGAUCAUCCGCUUUAUAGCGGGAUCCACGCUGCUCGCUACAGGCGGGGCAGGCCACGUAUACCCCAACACCACCAACCCCACGGUGGCAACUGGGGACGGUGUGGCUCUGGCGCUCCGUGCAGGCGCUGUCAUCUCUAAUAUGGAGUUUAUCCAGUUCCAUCCAACAGCGCUAGCCGACGCAGGUCUGCCCAUCCAGCCACCGGGACCCCGCCCCAACGCCUUCCUCAUCUCCGAAGCUGUACGAGGAGCAGGCGGGCUGCUGUACAACCAGGCAGGCGAGCGCUUCAUGCUUCACUACGACCCGCGGGGCGAGCUCGCCCCUCGGGACGUGGUUGCCCGGUCCAUCGACGACCAGCUCAAGCGCCGCGGCGAUCUCUUCGUCUAUCUCGACAUCAGCCACAAACCGACGGCCGAGAUCCUCCGGCACUUCCCGAACAUCGCAGCUGAGUGCAAGCGGUGGGGCGUGGAUAUCACUAAGGACCCGAUCCCGGUCGUCCCCGCCGCGCAUUACAUGUGCGGGGGAGUCCAAACGGGGCUGUUUGGGGAGACUUCGAUUAGAGGGUUGUGGGCUGCGGGGGAGGUGGCUUGCACGGGUCUACAUGGGGCAAACCGCCUGGCGUCGAAUUCGCUCCUGGAAGCGCUGGUGUUUGCGCAGAGAGCAGUAGAGCCGGCAAUUGCACAUGCUGUGGCAGCUGCACCACUGAAUCAUGUGCUUGCAGGGUUGCCUGACGGGAGGGAUAUGGAUGGGGCAAUGUGGGGGGGAGAGGAGUGGGAGGGGGAAGGGGAAGGGGAUGGGGAGGAAGUGAAGGUGGUGGGGUUGAGGAGGGAGGAUCCAGGGGCGGUCGCUGCUGCUCGUGUGACUGCUAAGUACAGAGAGCAGCUUAAGGCUAUCAUGUGGCGCUAUGUCGGGAUUGUCCGAUCCACUGACCGCCUCCGAAUAGCACAGAGGGAGAUUGACACGCUGGCAUCUGCCUGGCGUGCUGACCUCGAGACCGAUGUGCUGCUGCCACGUGGCGCUGUCUCAAUGGAGGCGUGCGAGAUGGAGAAUCUUAUCAAUGUGGCGUCGCUUGUCGUGCGCAGCGCACUGAGGAGACGGGAAAGCCGGGGUUUGCAUUUUACCACGGAUUUUCCCGGGCAAUCAGAAUCGGCGAGUCUGCAUACGGUAUUGGUGGCAGGGUGCUUAGAUGAGGAGGACGACGACUGGGAGGGUGGACGGGAGAGGGAGAGUGAUAAUGAUGGGGCGGGUGAUCUGGAAGCGAGGUUCGGGGCCACGGAGAGGCUCGGGUGGACCACGUGGUGGAGGCAAUCGGGGCCUGUGGUUCGGCAGACGGGUUCGGGUGCUAGGCAGGCUCGGCCAGUGCAGAGGGGAGCGGGUGGUGCGAGGAGACAGGGAGGCCCGUUGCGCCCGGCAGCGAAGCCGACUCAUAAGGUCCAGCAUGGCAGCGUCGCUGUCAUGCUGGCAAGGCGCGCACACACUGCUGGCUCACAGCCUCUCCCCAGCAUGCCGCAGUUCAAGAAAUGGCUUCAGCCGCCCAACCUGGUUCACCUGGCGUGUGCCGCGACAGCGGAGCUGUUCGGAACCAUGUUCUUUGUCUUCAUUGGCGUGGGGUCAGUUGCUGUUUCAAGUGAAUUCGUUCAGGGGCUGGACGUGACCCGCAUACUCUCCAUUGGCAUCGCACACGGCCUUGCGCUAGUGGUUGCUGUGGGAGCCGCAUCCGGGAUUUCAGGAGGGCACAUCAAUCCAGCUGUCACACUUGGCAUGCUGGCAGUGGGGCUGGUUGACGUCAUCACAGCAGCAGCAUACGUGGCAGCUCAGCUGAUAGGCGGUGUGUUUGGCGCUGGCCUGGUUAAGGCAAUAACUCCUGCCAGCACACAUGACGCUCUUGGUGCACACGUGCUCGGUGCUGGCGUCUCCAUAGGCCAAGGGGUCCUCACUGAAAUCAUCCUCACUGCCAUACUAGUCUACGCAGUCUUCGCAACUGCUGUCGACCCCAAGGGGCCGUCCCACCUCGCGCCGAUGCUGAUUGGUUUCUCCGUGCUUGUGGAUCAUAUAGUGGGUGUUCCACUAACAGGGGCCUCUAUGAACCCGGCUCGCUCCUUCGGUGCAGCUGUUUGGUCGAAUGUGUGGGAGAACCACUGGAUUUAUUGGGUUGGGACUAUUAUUGGUGCUUGUGUCGUCAGUGUUGCGUACUGCCUGGUGUUUCUGGUGCCUAGGGAGUAUGGGGAUAAGGUGAAAGCGCUGAGCCCUUCUAGGGCUGGAGUUGCACGCCAGGAUGAGAGCAAUGUCAGUAUUACUGUUUCAUAA